GCAUAUAGUUAGGGCUGGACCAGGUGACCCUGAAUCCUCCCUUAGUUAUGCUGCAAUAGGAUGAUAGCAUGAUACACUUCAUUCACACUCCUUUCUAUUCGCACUCGUCAUGUGUCGAUCACUGUCCUGUGCUUGCUCACAGCAGGUCUUCUGAUGGUUGGGGUUUUCUCUGUAUUAGUGUGGGGUCUAUAGCUUGUUUUAUAAAGUGUCUUGAGCCAACUGUUGUCAUACAGUUGAAGUGACCUGAACUGAAUUUAAUGUAGGUUUAAUUUCAAAAGAUAAGUAGUGAAAUUUACAUUCAUUUCACUACAUGUCCGUUCCUCCCAGAGAGAGAAAAUAAGCACGUGUUUCAAAUCAGUCCCAGUGUAGGAUAGAACGAGUCCAAAAGCACAAGAUGAUCUCCUCUCAGCUUGACUGUGUUCAUCAGAGAAAGCUCAAGCAUUGGCUGCCUCCAGUGUAGCCCUCCUUCACCAUCUGUCCAAUCAGAGGCAAACGCAGCCAUGCAGAGCUGCCAGUAUAAAGCUGCACUCAGAAACAGAGCAGAGCCCUCUGCAUUAGCCUGCUACACUCUCUCAGAAGGCUACCUCAGUGGAUAGAGAGGCAGAUGGAAAGGAACUGAAGAAAGGUUGCAGCACAGCUGAGGAUCACAACUCCAUGUCCAUCACCAUGGAAACAGCAGAACAAUCAGCGUUGGAGAUGGAUUGUGAAGUGGAUGUUGGCAUGGCUGAUUCACCUAAGCAACAGGAUUUUAUUGCAGAUGAUGAGCUUGUUUGUUCAGCGACACCGCCAUUAGUCCCAGAGUCUCCGUUGGAAAAGGUAACGCUCGACACUUUAUUAACUGACAUGCCAAGCAGCAGAGACGCAAAUGACAAGCUUGACUGCUCUGACCCCAACGUCUGCACUGAAACGGCUUGUCAGAAUCAAAAAGAAGCUUUGGUUUUGGAGCCGGGCUGUGAAGAGCUCAGCAGGAAUGAAUCAGUCACCUCAUCUGUGUCUGACCCACUCUCCAGUGUAGACAGUGUGUGUGAGAAUGACCCCCAGCAUAACAGGAGGAAAACACCAGAACUAGAUCCUGCGCAAGAACAGACCCCUGAGCUAGAACAAGAUGCUGUACCAGUGCAACGCCCAGAGCCUGGUGAAGAUCCUGAGGAACUAAGUCUUGAACUAGAGCAAUACCCUGAACUAGAGCAAUACCCUGAACCGGAGGAAUACCCUGAGCCAGAGCCGUUCCCAGAAUCAACGCAAUUCCCUGAACCAGCGCUAGACCCUGAGCUAGAGCCGUUCCCAGAAUCAAUGCAAUACCCUGAACCGGAGGAAUACCCUGAACCAGUGCUAGACCCUGAGCCAGAGCCAUUCCCAGAACCAACGCAAUACCCUGAACCAGUGCUAGACCCUGAGCUAGAUCAGUAUCCUGAGCCAGAGCCUGGGGCUGUUGACAAUUAUCUGCAUUCUGAACAAGAUGGCUAUCUAAAUCUGGAAAUAUAUAAAGACCCAGAGGCCCAAGAACUCAUAUUUGAACCAUCCGUCACAGAGGAGUCUAUGUUAGCACAGUGCAUUAGAGAAGAAGCUAUGUCAGACGUCUCCACCGAAUCCUGCCAUGAACCUGGUCCUGACGAAAUGGAAGAAUGCCUGAGAGUUGAGAUUGCAGCAGCAUCUUCAGAUAGUGAGACGGAUGAAAAAUGGAGAACAAUAUUCUCCUCUUCUAUUAAUAAAGAAGAUGAUGAUUCAUACUUGGAUAGUCUUCAGUUGAGUGCCCAGGAGCUCUUUGUACAAAAAGCUGAGAUGACAGGUGCUGAAGACCAAGACAGCAACGCUUUUCAUGAAGUGUGUUUUGAGGUCCCGCAAGUGGAAGACGUUCUGGAACAGCCCGAGGUUAACGUUCCUUUUCCCAGCCCUUCACAAGAGGUUAAAUAUAACCCGUUAGGCCUUCAAGGCUUGUCUAAAAUAUCUGAAGAUGAGAGUGAGAAUGGUAAAGAUGCCAGUUAUAACCACAUCACUCACCAACCGCACAUCAGUGUAGAUGCAGUCAAGAAGCUACCUAAAGACUUCUGUGUGAUACAGGAAACCAAGAGUGAGAAUGUUAGUACAGAGCACGUGGACUUCCAGCUGGCUCGUAAACAGUGGCGGGAAAUGGAGGAACAAACCAAAAACAAGGUAGUCUUACCUACAACCAAGCAGCUGAGCUUCCACGGCAGCCACAGUUUCAUGUACACUCCAGUACGCAACAUUGACCGACCUCACAAGAAAGCACAUGAUCUGGAAAACUUAGAUCUGGUUGGGGAGUAUCCUCACACCCAAUUCAGCCCCUGCUCAGAGGAUUCUGGUUUGGAUGAUUCCAGUUACAGGUCCCCUUAUGAUGAUCCAGAAGCAGUUGAAAGGGAUAUUCGCAUAUCACUGGAGAGGGAAGAAAAUUUCAAAAGGGAGAGGGGCCUUUCCAGGAUGGGCAAAUCAACUGAUUGUGCACCAUCAAGAAGUAUCCCUAGAUCAAUAAGCACUCCACUGACACCGUCAUUCAUCAUCACCUCCUCACCUACCAAGGAACCAUUCAAACAUGAAAUGUCAGCGAACAAUGUAAUUAUUCUGGACCCUAGCAAUGAUUUUACCUCUAGUCCCAGGCAUUUUAAAGACAACAUGAAAGCUCAGUCUAGUGAGUGGCACUCCAAAGAGACCAGCUCCAGUGUCAUCAUCCUGGAGACGUCCAAUUUGAUUAUUCGCAGUGCCUCUGAGUUCUCUCUCAGUAAAGCAUGUGAGCAGCCCCAGGAAAAAAUGUUCCUGAACAACCCAUUUUUCAAACUACGUUCGAGAAGCACAAUAUCCUUGGUGGAUGAAGAGAUCAAGAUGGUAAAGCAGAGGGAGGAUGAGCUGAAGAAGGAGAGGGAAAAUCUGUAUGCCAAAGACAGGUUCUGCGCAGAAAGAGUAUUGUCAAAUCGCAUGGAAACGUUGACCUUUAAUAACUCAGUUGAUGUUCCUGUGAAAUGCAAGUCGUCUCCAUCUUCACCAAUGAAAACCACCCACAGGAUGGAUCGUGCUGCUCUAUCGUGUGAUCACAGAGUCCAGUUUUGUGAAGAUGGUGGCACCAUGGAUGGGUUCAAAAAGAUGAUGGGAUGGCUGCCAGUGAAUCCAGAAUAUAGAACAGAAUGGAAACUAGGACCAGAGGAGGUGGCGCGGGGACCGGGAUCGGAGACUAAUGAAAAUAGGUGGGCUGAGACUUGAGACUCCUUUCAGCCCUCUCUCCCUCAGGCCAUUUUCAAUCCUAAGAGAGAGAGAGAGACCAGAUCCUCGAAGGACUCAGGCAUCUUGGGAGGCUAAGUUGUCCCACAUCUGAUCAUUCAGGCCUUGAAGGAAAAUACCCUGAAGGGCGCGAUCGGGUCAGCCUGCCUCAGCUGGCGUGGUGUGCAAAUUGAUCAAAAAUUCCAUGACGCUUCAUGAGAAGGGUUGCAAAGAAAGCUGUAGGCACAAGGAGACAAGGUAAGUAUGCAACAAUCAACAGCAAAAUCACAAGGAAAUAGAGCCAUGUUGUCACCAUGAGUCGCUGAUGGACUGGAGAAGAAGAGAUGACCUCACCGGGCUUAAAUGCAGCCACGCUGAUCAUCACUGAAUGAAACAGGUGAGUGAGAGUGUCCAAGGUCCUGCCCAGGAUCCGGGAAAACACAAGAGGAGACGGAAAAACACUGGCCGUUCACACGGACAUCAUGUGCCUCAUCACCUGAGCCAAGGUGCAAGAAUUCCUCUGUCUAACCUCACAGUAUAAUAAAAACACCAUGUUUGUAGCCACAAAGGGGAGGUGCACUGUUAUUGUAAUCUCAACACAUUAUUACACUAAAAAUUCUACACUCCUCAGUGACAACGGCACCUAUGAAGCCCACAACACAGUUUGUUUUUGCUUUAUUUUCCACAAAAUUGACACCAGAUGUUUUGGUUUUUAUUCUUUCUCAUAUUUCUAGUAUUUUUUUCUUCUCUGUCCUAAUUUUACCAGAUAAAGAACUGAAGGCUCUGUUCCUUUCCAGUAUUCUGGAAACCUCGAAUGGGAAUGUUUGUACCUGCCAAUACAUUUGUCUUUGUUCUGUAUCUCUAUGUGCAUCAUUUGUGUGUUGUUUCUGUUGUGAAUAGAGCUGAGACUUGUUGUACUUGAGGUACUUUAAUUUUCAUUUAUAAAUGCUUUAUAAGGCAAAAAAAAAAUAGUCAUCACUUUAAAUUUAGGAUAUUUAAUUAAUUCAUUAAUUUUCUUUUAUUAAUUCAUUUAAUGAAGUUAGUUAAGCACACUUAAUGCUUAACCAACAACUAUUUACUGCUUGAAUUAGCCAUGAAUCACAGUAAGAAAUGACAAAUCACUUAUUUGGACUUGUUAAAUGAUACCAUGCACAUGUUCUACUGUAUAUGAGCUGAUUAACCAGGAGAGGUUAAUACGCUUCUGGCGACUUUAUAAAUGAGGAAUUAAGCGCUCACUGAGGAGGGACAUUAUUAAACUUCAAAGUCUAAUCUUUUUUUCAGAGGACUGUAGUCUACUGUGCAGUCCUGUGAAAAACACGACUGCAACAACUAUGUUGUGAUUUAAAAGCAUGUGGAGCCACGUUUAGCAGCGAUAACUUGAAGUAUUUGUUUUCAGUGAUCAUGUCCAUGAUCUCAUGUCACUCCCCUCAGCUCGUGAUCAUAGCUGAGGGGAGCAACGUAGAUUUGAUAGGUAAACUGACAGCUUCACUUUUAUGCUCAGCAGAGUGUCUGUUAGUCACACACUCUGCUCUCACACCCUCGUGUGUGAACACAAACCCAACAUACUCCUCCACUCGGGGCAGCAACUCGUUCUGGAGCUGGAGUGGGCGCUCCACCCUUUUCCAGCUGGCAGCUUCUCAUUCAUGUCACCUUACACUGAGAGGUGCAGCUACUUCAGUGCGAGGCUGGAGGCAGAAUUUAAUCAUGAGGCCACUAAAGAGGAGACACCUCACCAAGUGGCUCCUGUAUCAGUUCACAUGACACAGAUCUCAUCCCUGGUGUUUGCACCCAACUACAAGUAGCUGGUCUCUGCUCACGGAUAUGCCCACAACAAUGCUGUUGUCUGGAAACAUCCCUCUCUCAGGAAAGCCGCAGAGCUCAAUGGCCAUGACGACAGAGUUCGGAGUUUGACUCUCAGUCCGGGCUGCUCUGAUAUUCCUUCCAUAAAAACUACAAUCAGAAUUUGUGACCAAGAGCAGCCUUGUCAGAGUCCGACACCCACCAGAAACAAUUUUAUUAUUAUAUUAUUAUUUUAUUUUAUUAUAAACAGAUACUAAAGGUUCUGUGUAGAUUAUUUGUUCGUGUAAAUGGAGAGUCCUCAUGCAAUAAACGUUAACUAUGGAGUUCCACAGGGUUCAGUGUUAGAGUCAUUUCUAUUUACAUUUAACUUGCUUCCAUUCAAAUAUUAUUGGGAUUAAUACUGGAAUCUGUGAGUGUUCAGAAAUGGCUCCAAAAGAUCUUCUGUUGAAAUCUACAAUUCUCCUUCCCAGAUUUUCACUGAGAUGAAUUUUAUUCUGAAUGUUGGUUAUUCUAGUGAGUGCUGCUGAACAAAUCCAAAGAAAAUAUUACUCUGACAUUCACAUGCACACUGAGUGUAUGUAACUCCUGAUCACAGGUGUAUAUUUUAUGGCUUUGUUUGUUACAAUAGUCUUUAUUUUAGGCAGAAAAAACAGACUUGCUUAUUCAGGAAACCUUUUACAUCCUUUUCCUUUGUGGUGAAAUACUUUUACUAGGACAUUUCGCCCUCCACACAAUUUAUUGUAGCAGCCAAAACUACAAGCUUUAUAAAAUAAACUCUACUUCAUGCACCCGGCUGUAUCAUAUUUGAUGUCCAAUUUUCACCAUGAAUUUAGUCAAAGUUAGUAUGCCAUGCACAGUAAAGACAUGUCUCUUUAAGACAAAUAUUUAUAUUUAAGUAAUGGAAGCCAUGUUGAAUCAGUCUCCCUCUGAAGUCAUCUUGCAUUAUAGUUUCGAUGAUGAUUUGUACAUCUGAAAAAAGUAUGUGCGUCAAAUAUAGCAGCAGCUGGCGUGACAGGGUUGUACCUCGGAAAGAAAGAAGUCACAUCCUGUCUUAACUGACAAUAGUUUGAGUCACAAUAGAAUCACAGAAAGAAAAGGUGGACUGUCAUUGCAAAACUUGCUUAUCCCAUCUUUAUUCUAAUAACCUGAAAAAGCUGGUGGAAGAGGUGGAGGGAGUGGUGUGAAUGCAGUAAACCAAUAAAGUGUCUUU